AUGUCAACUUGGAAAUCUCCGGAUCAGUAUUUUGGACGAAUUACUUUCAAUAAUGCUACUCGCGAAGCAAUAGCAAUAAAGUGUAUAUUCAACAAUAACUUCGUGGGAAGUACGAAUGGUGGCCUUUUAUACGCAGAUAAUCCAAAUUUGAAAAUAAGUUUCGAUUCAUGCGAAUUUAUUGGCUGCCAGACACAACAUACAAAUGGUGGAGUCAUGUACAUAAAUAGUGCUGAUUCCGUAGUUAUGAAAUCUUGUUGUGUAAUACAAGCAAGAGCAAAAACAUCCCAAUUUGCAGCAGUUCAUUCGAACACAUGUAAUAUUACGAAUACUAUCAUUUCUAGAUGUGGAAAUAUCUCUAAUAACUUUGAAGUAAUGACAAUUUUGUCAAAUGUUAACAUUUCAGUCAUUAAUCAUUCAUCAAACGCAGUAACUGAAAUCUCCUUCGCCAGUAUUUACAAAUCAAACUCAUGUAUCAUUAAAAAUUUAGUUUCUAUCAACAAUUCCGUUGAAUCAAAUCCUCAAUUUCUUAUAAGAUCAUCGACCAAUGUUCUUCUUGAUCGCAUAAUUUUCAUAAAUUGCAGGAGUACAUACAAGGAUCCCGGUGUAGCAUGGUUUAUUUACUCAGAAAUUACAAUAUAUAAUUCGAAAUUUGGACGAAAUUUCGCAAAUUCAGUAAAGCUGACAAAUUCUACUUGUUCACUAAUCAAAUGUCAGUUUGAUGAACAGAUUUCGGAAAGUUUCUCGAUUUCAGAUUCGAAUUUUAACACAAGAGUAGAAAUAUCAAUUUCUGAAACAGAUUUGACUUGUAAACUUAUAUUUCCUGUUCAUAAAAUCAACUGGGAAAAGCCACAAUCGAUAGAUUUAUCAAAAUACACAAGAAUCGAAAUUUCUAACUCGAUUUUUGCCAACAUUCAUAGCAAAACACAUGGAGGUGCAGUUUGUGUAGACAAUGUAUAUUCAAAUAUGUUAAUUACUCGUUCAAUUUUCAAAAAUAUUAAUUGUGAAACGAAUGCAGGCGCAAUUUUCAACAUUGCCAAGUAUGGAAAUAGUUCUAUUUAUACAUCAUGCUUUAAUAACGUGUCUGCUUUCAAAUACGGCACAAUGUUUGUAUCAUUAUCAAAUUUCUUCAAAAUUCAGGACGCUGCGUUUGUAGAAAAUACGGCCUACAAAUAUUGUGUCGGUGUUGUUGCAAGUUCUUUAAUUUAUCAAGCUAAUUUCACGAAAAAUUCUGCAACAGAUUCUCCAGGCGUUAAUUCGUAUAAUUACCUAUCCCUAACAUUUGUUUAUUGGUCCAAUUCCACAGGAUCCGGUGAUAUAAACUUUCUUUCUGGCGAUGAAAACAAUAUUAUGAUUUCUCGCAGUUUCUACAUCAACUCGGCUUCAACGGAUAACUGUUCUUUGUUCAGUGCCAAUAAGAAAACAAUCGUUGUUAUUAGUUCAACGUUUUUCAAUUUGAUAAAUUUGACAUUAUUCUCUGGAAAUUCAAUGGUUUCGUUCAACAACUGUACAUUUGAUGUUUUUGACUGCCAGGCAUCAUACAAAGCUACUUUAUUAACAAUAACUGAAUUUCCAAUUAUUUCAUAUGACAGCAAAGAUUAUUGUAUACCUCCGAAAAGGUUAGGACCUCUUGGUAUAUCCCUUAUUGUUAUCAGUGUCGUGAUUGUAAUUGUUGGAAUUGUUAUUGCGAUAUUAUUUGGCAAAAAGAAAAAGAAACGUAAUAAAUUCGUAUUUCAAUACGCUGAUUCUGAAGUGUCUAUCAUUUCCGAAUCAAAUGCUGAUGCUUUGUUACCUUUAUAUCAAAAUUGA